UAUUACUCCUUGAGUCCACUCCUGGCCAGAUUGUUUGAGAGUACGGGUGACCAGUCUGCGCGCGCCCUUUAUUACUGCCACCAACUUGUUUCAACUCGAACGAGCAUCCAUAUCUUCUCCACUCAGACCGCCGGAUCAGUACUUUUCACAAAACGCUUUGGGUCACUAGCCUAAAUCAUGAAGCAGAAAUCACCACCGAAUAUUGGUGUGGGUGACAAGAUUGGAGAAGGGGACUCUAGCCUCGUGCUUGAUGUGCUUCCCCCCGAAUUAUGUGACACAGCUUUCAAGCAGAUGAUAGACGAGGUUGACUGGAAUGUUAUGUAUCAUCGUGGUGGUGAGGUACCAAGGCGCGUGGCGGUUGAAGGGGAAAUCGCAGAUGAUGGAAGCUUCCCGAUUUACCGGCAUCCUGCAGAUGAGUGCCCACCGCUUCGACGGUUUUCACCCACGGUAGCUAGUAUCCGUGAGCAUGUGGAAAAGGUUCUCGAUCAUCCCGUGAACCAUGUCUUAAUUCAACACUACCGUAGUGGUGCGGACUACAUCUCAGAGCACUCUGACAAAACGAUCGACGUCGUGCGUGGAUCGAAGGUGGUCAACGUCAGCCUAGGCGCUCAGCGGGUGAUGACGCUUCGCUUGAAACGAGAUGGGGUGCAACAGGCGGGUGACAGUGCUACCCCACGACCAUCGCAGAAAAUCCCGCUACCUAAUAAUUCAAUGUUCGUCCUUGGUCUCGACACGAAUGCGAAAUGGUUGCACUCAAUUAACCAUGACAAACGACCGAUUCAUUUGAAGUCGUCCGAGGAACAAUUUAUGAGCGGAGAGCGCAUCAGUCUCACGUUCCGUCAUAUCGGGACAUUUUUGUCCAGAGAUGAAUCACGUAUCUACGGCCAAGGGGCCAGGGGGAAGUUAUGCGACGAGGCACACUCAGUAAUUAACGGGGGAGGGGAAGCUGCGAAACUCUUGGAAGCGUUUGGUAAGGAGAACCAGCAGAGCGACUUCGACUGGGAAGAGGUGUAUGGAGAGGGUUCCGACGUAUUGCAUUUCAAUCUGAGGGAGUCAUAAGAACUAGCCGCCUCGGUGUUAAAGUUAUUGUACUGCAGAUUAAGCACCUGAUGGAUGAUCCUACGGUAGGUACGAGCUUCCAAUGUAACGUUAUUAAUUGUAGUUGUUGUUCUCGUGUUUCCUGCCUAGCAACGACGACGGUGAC